AUGGUCGCCAUCGCGAACGACAAGAAGGCCAGCACCGGCGGCGUCGUGGCCGCGCGCCUGCUCGGCUCCACGUGCUCGGGCCUGUGCGAGCUCAUGAUCUUCCACCCGGUCGACACCAUCGCCAAGCGCCUCAUGACCAACAAGGAGCCCAUGCACGGCAUGGCUGGCCUGAACAAGGUCAUCUUCCGCGACGCGUACGAAAAGCCCGUGUUCGCGCGCUACCGCUCGCUGUUCCCCGGCCUGGGCUUCGCCGCCGGCUACAAGGUGUCGCAGCGCAUCUACAAGUUCGGCGGCCAGCCCGUGGUCAAGGACUACAUGACCAAGAACCACGCCUCGUUCUUCGAGCACACGUUCGGCGAGCGCAACGCCAAGACCAUGAUGCACGCCACGGCCGGCAGCCUCAUCGGCAUCGGCGAGAUCGCCCUGCUGCCCCUGGACGUGCUCAAGAUCCGCGCGCAGACCAACCCCGCCGCUAUCGCUGGCAAGGGCGUGGCCCACAUCUUCAAGACGGAGGGCUUCGCCCUGUACCGUGGCGCGGGCUGGACGGCUGCGCGUAACGCGCCCGGCUCGUUCGCCCUGUUCGGUGGAUCGGCUCUGGCCAAGGAGUACAUCUUCCAGCUGGAGGACUACAACAGCGCCACGUUCUUCCAGAACUUCGUGGCCUCCAUCUCGGGUGCCUCCGCCAGUAUCAUCGUGGCGCAGCCUCUUGAUGUGAUCAAGACGCGUAUCCAGUCGCGUCCGUUCGACUCGCCCGAGAGCGGCAUGACGGUCGUGCGCAACCUGCUGAAGACCGAGGGCCCUGGCGCUCUGUUCAAGGGUUUGAUCCCCAAGCUGUCCGUGGUCGGCCCCAAGCUGGUGUUCUCGUUCGCUGUGGCACAGCAUCUGAUCGCGCACUUCGAGAAGUCCUUCACCUAGACUUUGACUGUCAAACGGCACCGCCACCAUGUGCAGUUGCGAUGCCAACCCGCGGGCGAUAGAAGGGGGAGAGAAGUCGAGUGAGCUCGCACACACAUGGCGACACACUCAUGUUGCAGUGCGUGCAGCUGACCGUCUUCGUUCUGCUCGUGCUCAUUUUAUAAAGACGCGCUUUGUUUGUUUU